GAGAAGUUAAGAUCGUCGUCUGGUUUCUGGUGCCCGUGUAUUUGUGGGGCAGCGCCUCGCCGUGCAUGUUUUGCUGUGCUUUCUUUCUUUCUCACUUUUUUCUCCAAAAAGUCUGAAAAAGAAAGAUAAAAAUGCAAAUCUUUGUCCUCUCUGUCGGCGGCGACACCCUCGCCCUCGAGGUCGCUCCGACCUCGACCAUCCGUGAUGUGAAGGAGCAGCUUCAGGCCCGCCAAGGCAUUGAGGCGGAUGACCAGCGCCUGUGCUUCGGUCUCCAUGCUUUGGAGGACGACGAGACUCUCGGCGAGCUCGGCGUCGAGGAGGAGUGCACCCUGUACCAGUCUCUCGAGUUGCUGGGUGCUGGCAAGAAGCGCAAGAAGAAGACGUACACCAAACCCAAGAAGCAAAAGCACAAGAAGAAGAAGGUCAAGCUCGCGGUGUUGAAGUUCUACAAAGUCGACGGCAACGACAAGGUGACUCGUCUGCGCAAGGAGUGCCCCCGUGAGACCUGCGGCGCAGGUGUCUUCAUGGCUGCGCACAAGAACCGCACAUACUGCGGGCGCUGCGGUCUCACCUACAUCCUCAAUGCUGAGGAGUGAAGAAGCAAACGUGUGAGGGUUUCACGGGUGGUCGCGGUAAACGCAAUGGAGAGGACGCGGACGCCCCCUGGCUGUUCAGUCCACCCUGAGAACACGGUGUGAUGCGGACGGCCGGACGUCGCUGUUUCUCUGGUAAUCUCUUUCUACCGUUUUCCUCGCUCUUCGCCUUCUUUUGCUGACCACGGUCUAGUGUUAGGACUCAAACCCUUCAGUCUCAAUCGUUCAAAAAAAAACUCCACGGGGUGUCGAACCGCACUCGCACGGUCAAUGACAAGAUUGAGAACGGAUAAAACCGGCGAAAGACCCGCAACUGGAGACAAAAGAUACACGGCGCUGUUUAGUUUACCUAUUGUCAGCUUUUGGGUUCCUGCAUUGCGUGCUUUCUUUGACGAAGCGCGUGUGCAGGCAUCCGCCUAUGCAGGCGCACCACGGUUGUCACCAGGUCGCUUGUGCUUUUCGCGUACUGCAUGGGCAGACACGUUAUGCACUUUUGGUGGUACGAAAUGCAGAGGAUAGAGUUUAAUGGUGAAAGAGGAACUGAUAUCAUUUGAUUUUUCUUCAUGUUUGAACGGCACUGGAGAAAUGGCUAAGCCAAAGUGAACGUCGGCUCGAAGAAUACAACAGUGCCGCAUCACGGUGACAUUCUCCAUCGGCAUACUUAGUGUAACGAAACACAGUUUAUGUGGGUUCUUCCGGCAAUGUGCUUCUCACUUAAGAGGAAAACAGAAGGCAAUGACAAGAUCACUGAUUUGCGUCACGUGUGUACCCAGUCCUACUCGCAGUGACACCAGAGGGAAGUACGCACACGACUAAGCGAUGUAAAACGGGGGACUCGUAGAAGCGAUCCCACCCUGUUCCAGAAGGACCACCUAUAGCCGAAAAAAGCUGCGUCAGAAAUGAUUUGCCACAGAGCAAAUUUUCUUCGGUCUUCGAGAGGUUCGAGAAAUGCGGCUCGUGCGACGGGGUUCUCCCUAACUCGGGGAAGGCGGCUGGGACCUGCAGAAGCACAACGUCACGGUGUUUGUCGCUGUGUGUUGGGCAUGAUGCGUUCGCAUUGGUAUAAGUUAACUUGAACAGAGACACGGUAAUUCCUAGGUACGAAAUGUGACUCCAGUUGUGAGAUACAGACAGCAAACUUCCGUGUGCUGUACGCCGAACCCCCACUGGACUGCUAUGGACGGCUGAGAGUUUAUGUCUGCUUAGAAGGCGUAGUCAUGCGCAGUAUUCGUAAUACUUCGAUCCGGUAAUCAAAGACCUUCCAGGCUUCCACCAGUAGUCCAGCUCGCAGGAUACACUCUCCAGAAAAAGACAGUUAAUAUAAGUAUAGGAACUCUAAUUUAUCUUGUGUAACAGGGACGCUACCAUCAGUUGUUAUCUGAGAAAAAGGGAGUUGAUAGAAACUCAGGAAUCCCACUACUUCAGUAGCUCUAUGUUUGGUUUUGCAUCCCCUGAGACGGAAAGGAAAGACAGAGUUGGAGCUGACCCUGCCACUUGCGCCAACAAAAAAUAAAGACCAUACAACCUUGCUGUUUCAAGCGUACCGCCGUCGUUUCACCUCCAGCAAGAGUAUCUUCUUCUCAGACCGUAAGCGGUAUCUCAUCUAGAAAAUGUUACCGGUAUUGACCUUUUGAGGAAAGCGGCACACCCUGUUUUCUCGUGUCUUCCGAAACAGGAACUGCGCGAACGUUCCCCCAGACCACCUUCCAUGGCAGAGUCUUCAUGAGAGAACUUUUCGUUGACAGCGACAUCUCGAUGGUGC